AUGGCUACUACACUGUCCACUAGGCAGGGACUACUAACAAAAGCGCUGAAUAGGCUCAAUAGUGCAUUGGAGGCUAACAAGGAUUGGGCACAAGCAAUUCUACAACCUCCAUCGGACGAGCACGAGCGAAGGAUCUAUAUGAGGACGGAGCGGGCGCAGAUCCGAACGGUGAAGGCCAUUCUGGAAGCGGAAACGCUCAGUGUUGACGACGCGUUGGGACGCUACAGUAGUGCGGCUGACAGUUUGGCAGCUGAUACUCCGUCGUUGGAGGACAUCCUCAGAAAGGUCAAUUCCAACGUCGAAACGGCCGUAGCUGUUCUGGAUUAUGGACAUACAAUGCUGACCGCCCUGAAGCGCCGCCUAGAGGAGCUCGAUGAAAUGGAAACUCACACAAGCUUCUCAGAAGCCCCUCAGACAAAUUUGGCGCCGAUUCCUAUUCCCAAGUUCAGCGGACGCAUCUGGGAAUGGGACACCUUCUGGGGAGCUUUCCAGCACUCUGUGGAUUCUCGAGAAAUAGACGAUUUGUACAAGAUGAAUUACCUCCUUGACGCACUUCAAGGCGAGGCUAAAGAAACCGUCAAGCAGUUCGAGGUGUCUGGUCGCACCUAUCCAUUAGUCGUCGCCCAUUUGAAGGAAAAAUACGGAAAUACACAGGCUCUUGUAGACCACAUGAUACGCAGACUACAAAAAGCGCGAGCACAAAGCGAACGGUUGGAACACCAAGAGAAACUCUUGGAGGAGUUGUCGUCGAUCGUAUCGCAGCUUCAACUAAAAGGAGAGAACGUUGACAAUUGUUUUUUGCAAGAUCAACUCCUAGGAAAGUUUACAGAAGGAAUACAACGUCACGUGUUACGAACUAAGGAACAGCGGUCACCAAACGACAACUGGGACACCAAUAUGCUUCUCAGCUGUGCGAAAGAAUAUAUCCGGACGGAACUCAAGAUCGUAACCCGAGUUGGGAAAAGGCGAGAGCAGCAGCCGGUACAAGAGCCAGCAGGAGACAGGAGGUAUCCCCGGACAGGGCGGAAAAUCGCCUCAGCUUCGGAACGUCAACACUCCUGCUUCUACUGCGGUAAAGGCGAUCAUGCAGCAAAGGACUGCACCGAAGUGGCUACACGAGAAGAAAGAAUGUCCUUUAUGCGGAAACGAAACCUGUGUCUCAACUGUGGCUCUGCAGAACAUUGGGCAGGGCAAUGCAAAGGAGGAGCAUGCAGAAUAUGUAACAACCACGGCCAUCACACCUCCCUUUGCCAACAACUCCCUUCUGCGACGAAGAAACCAUCUGCAGCUCACGAAUCCAAAAAGCCGCACCAGACAUCGAAUAGAGCCACUCCCAAGCGGCCUGUUCAGAAAUCACUGAAUUCAUCCAAAAUGAACACUGUGGUAUCAGAGCCCCAACCAUCCGAUGAGGUGCCAACCACAGCUGCCUUCGUCAACCUUCAGCGAAGCAUAGCUGACGUCCACAUUCUCGUGGGACAAGCGCACGUCCUGAACCCAAAGGAUCAAGCUCUGGAAGCUAUUCAUGUACUGCUCGACACUGGGGCCGAUCGCUCAUUCAUCUGUACUGAGCUGGCGGAUCGCUUGCAGUUGCGAGAUAUCAGUUCAACCAAGUUGACUAUCAACACAUUCGGCUCUAAGCAGCCUCUGCAGCAAACAUGCGGAAUAACCCAGGUGCAAAUGUGGGAUUCCUACGGGAAAUCUCACAGAAUAACGGUUACGAAAAUAGGGACUGUCACAGAGCCAAUACUAAGACGCAGCCUCAGCGAAGAGGACAGACGAUUUCUGCGUGACAACAAUAUCUGCCUUUCUAUACAUGCGGAUAUCAUGGAACUCAAACCUCAAGUGCUACUGGGAUGUGCGGACCUGUACGCAUUUCUUGAAGGAGGCUUCGCGAACCAGAAGACGCUGCCUUCGGGACUGACACUCAUUCCUUCGAAACUAGGAUAUCUCGUGUCUGGAUAUGAAACACCUCCAGAAACGCAUCCUGUGGAACAGCCACACUCCGACGCAGGAGUCAAAACGAGCACGACAGGUUCCAUUGAAGACGAACAGGACUUGGGAAACAGUUCUGCACAUUUGAGUCGACAGGGUUUCGCAUAUUUAGCCAUGGACAAGCCAAAGAAGACGCCAUCUACCACUGCUGAGACGAAUACCACUGCCACUGCACCAUCUGUACCGGGAGCAACACCGCAAUCCAAACCGAGAGUACCGCCGAAACGGCCACCUCCCGCAGCGAAGCCAGCGGCGACGGCUGGGAAGGGUCGCGCUUCUGGAACAAUGCUGAAGGAACUUCUUCAACAAGGAAGUCGGAUUUUGCGUUUAGCCGCAUGCAAAGUCGACCAGCUAGCUCCUGCCGUUACCGUCACUUCAUCAGAAGAAAGCAUGCAGUACCUUAAGCGUUUCGAACAGUUGCUGCAGACUCAUCACGUACGGAGCGAAACUGCACAAAAAUCAAUCGAAGCUAAAAUCGACACGCUGAUGCUGAAGGUGGACACGAUCACGAAUCGCCUUGAUCGAGUAGAGCAAAUGAUGAAGGGAACCGCUACUGCUUCUGCAUUGAAGGAACAGUCGUCGGUGGAGCAAACUCGAUGGAGAGAGCUUCAGAUAGAGAUUCAAGGACUGCAAGCUAAAGUAGACGCACUGAACCUCCCGCAGCUUCAAAGAGACAUGGACGAACUGAAGGCAAGUCUCAAGGAGCUGAAUUCCCAAAAUGUUGUCGAUGUGGACUCGCAACCAAAUGCCGCGAGGGAGCCCUCCUCCGAGAUGAAGAGGGUUCUGCGACAGAUGGGUGAGACUGAACGAGAGCUCAAAGAGAAGCCAGAAGAAGUUGUGAUUCUCGCAGCACCGGGAGAGACCAGGACGCACGCCGAGGACAGGAGAAACGACGCAGUUCGACAAGAUCGACGGACCACCAGCACAGACGGCCCAAGUGAAAUGCCUCGUACAACA